GGGAAAAGUAAAUGCACAACCCGAGAUGGAAUUUCAAUAGUGUCAUAUUUACAUAUGGUGUAAAGUAAAUAAAUGUAUGUAUCGCAUAAGUAUUGACAUGCAUGUGGAGAACCCCUAGCAAGCGCAACACGAGUGACGUUAGUAGGAACUAUAAUACAAUAGCUUUGUCCUACACGGAUGAAAAUGUGUGUUGUGAACGACUGCAUCGUUGACAGCUCAGAUUUGUUGCAAGUUUGUAUCAGUCUAUGCAGAGAAAGUUAAAAAACCCGAACUACAUAAAGAACAGCAUGUGCUAGACAUGACGAAUCAGACGCACAUAUCCGGGAGUUUGCUUCGGUGGACGAUGAGGGUUUAUUCAAACCCAACAUUGCUUUUCUGCCCAAAUAAUGUGUUGCGUUCACGUACUUUCGUGAGGUCUGUCAGAUGCUUUACAACAGAAUCACGUCAUAGAAGCGAUGGUUACGCUUCAUCGUCACGUAGAACUGUACGUAUCGGAUGUGCGUCGGGGUUUUGGGGUGACACGGCAACGUCAGUUCCUCAGCUUGUCUAUGGUGGAAAAUUGAACUUCCUUGUGUUUGAUUAUCUGUCCGAAAUCACCAUGUCCCUCCUUACUGCUGCCAAAGCUAAAGCACCUAGCAUGGGAUAUGCUCCUGAUUUUGUUCUUGCACUUUCUCCAUUCAUUAAGGAUAUAAGCAAAAGAGGUAUUCGUGUGGUUAGUAAUGCCGGUGGUGUAAAUCCUCUUGCCUGUGGAGCGGCUCUACAGGAAGUAAUUCAGAAGGCGGGGCUUGAUUUAAAGGUUGCCGUGGUUACUGGCGAUGACCUAAUGCCACAGAAAGACUCUUUGACAGAACUCAGAAUGGCUGAAACGGAGGAAAAGAAACCACUUCCAAAGACAGUCCACAGCAUGAAUGCGUAUUUGGGCGCUCUCCCCAUUAAACGCUGCCUGGACCUGGGGGCCGAUAUUGUAGUGACAGGACGCUGCGUCGACAGCGCCGUGGUUCUCGGACCGCUAAUGCAUUCGUUUUCAUGGGACGGCAACAAUUAUGACAUGCUGGCUGCUGGAAGUCUUGCUGGUCACCUGAUUGAGUGUGGCGCACAGGUCACCGGGGGCAUUUUCACAGACUGGCACAAAGUUCCGGACUGGGAUAACAUGGGUUUCCCCGUAGUGGAAUGUUCCGCUGAUGGUUCGUUUACAUUGUCUAAACCUCCAAAAACUGGUGGUCUGGUUUCAUUUGGUACAGUAGCUGAGCAGUUAGUGUAUGAGAUUGGAGACCCACGGCGUUACCUUCUGCCUGACGUCACGUGUGACUUUUCUGAUGUCACCAUCAGUGAGAUACCUGACGUAGAUGGGGGAGCAGUGAAAGUAGGAGGAGCCAGAGGAUCUCCUCCGUCAGGUGACUACAAGGUCUGUGCCACAUAUUCAGAUGGGUUUAGAGCUAUGGCAGUUUGCCCUGUUGGUGGACCUAGGGCUGUGGAAAAGGCCAGAAGAACAGCGGAUAGUAUUAUUAAAAGGACCCAACGUAUUUUUAAACAACUUGGUCUGGAGGACUACACCGAAGUCAACAUCCAAGUUCUGGGUGCUGAAGACACAUACGGACCACAUGCCGUCAAUACGAGUCCUCGUGAGGCUGUUAUUUGGAUGGCUGUACAUCAUAAGCAGAAGAAAGCGCUGGAGUUCUUCUCUAGAGAAAUAGCACCAGCUGGAACAGGCAUGGCUCCAGGACUAACUGGUAUAGUUGGCGGGCGACCCAGGAUAUCACCAGUGCUGAAACCUUUCUUUUUCCUGCAUCCCAAAGACAAUUUGAAGGUGCACAUUCAUCUGAAUGGGGAGCUUGUGGAGACGCACCAUGGGGCAGCAGAAGACCCAUCAUUAUUACAAGGCCACGCCCCAUCCUUCCACUCAGAAGAACCUAGCCCAUCAUCUACAGAUCUGCCCUCCGGCCCUCAUACCUUCAGACUGGAAGAGUUAGCAUACACGCGCAGUGGAGACAAAGGAGACUCCGCAAACAUUGCCCAAAAGGCUUGUGAUGUGGAAACAGGCAAUAGUCUAAACUCCGUCUUUGGUUUAAUGGGAGGUUAUGUGUCAUUCGCAGUAGACUGGGUUAUUGCGAGACACCCUCUGUAUUUCCCCUAUCUGAAAGCAAUGUUAACUGCCAAAGUGGUGGAGAAGUAUUUCCAACACCUGAUCAGAAAGGAUCAGGCUGACCUUCCUUCUGUCAUUCGGUACGAACUGGCCGGCAUUCACGGCCUGAAUUUCGUCCUACGGAAUUCGCUAGGAGGGGGAGGGGUGGCGUCCCUGCGCAGCGACCCUCAGGGGAAGGCUUAUGGACAGAUGUUGCUUGACUACAAACUAAAAGGCCUGCCCGAUCUUAAAGCGCUGGUCGAUUAAAAAAAACACCUACUAACCAAUUAUGGCUACAAACAAUUCAGAACUGUUGAAAUGAGCUUCAUAAUGUGAAUUUUGAAAACACUAUUGUGCCUUGCAUUUUUUAUUUAAACAUUUUGAAAUAUGUAAUUUGUAGUAUGUAUGAGCUUUAAUAAAAUGAAAUUAGCACGAAAAACGAAAUAAAUAGCCGAAUGAAGUAAAGCUUCAAAAUUUGGUGGGUCGUUGUUGAACACGCCUGUACUUUGAUAUGUAAUGAGUACAUUAGCAAAUAGCAUCAUUCACUUAGUUGUGUUGAGUUGGCCACAUCUUGAAGGCGACUGCAAAGCAAUAAAGCCUUGAAGUUUUCAGCCACUACGUCCCCUCAUUACCUCUGACCUCUAUCGACACAGGAAGUCAGAGAGCAAAAGGCUUUUCUUUUCUUAUGACUAAGUCGCUGUUUAUGUGUUUAUUCUAAACUAGAAGAAUCUGCAGGGAAGACCCCAUAAAAAUAACAUUUCACCACCGGCUGCAAAAACACUUUGUAGAUAUCAAAGUAAAAAAGAUAAAUGAAACAAACUCAGAUGUGUUUUAUUUGCGUAAAGUCACACUUCUGAUUAGAUUACAUGGGAAAUCUGUGUUGUUUUGACCGACAUUAGCAUGCGGUGACAGCAUGACCUCUCAAAAUUAGGAGGCAAGACUUGAGGAAUUCAUUUAUCCACCAACGGACACGUCCAACCACUCAUUGUUUGUAGCUCCUUGGCUCCGUCUCAAUGCAACAGUGUCCUUCACAAUAAACACAUACGUAGCCACAUAUUCUGAAAUCACUCACUGUCAAACCCGGAGUAUUUAUCAUGAACACAUUCAGCUGUCACAUGCAGACAUGCACUGGGAUGCUGGGGGACAAAGCGGGGGAAAAGAUAAAUGUCUUGUCAUUCAUCACCCGCUAUCAUUCAGCGGUUUUCUAACAAAUAAUCUCAGAUCACUCAACAUGCUGCUUUGCCCUCCCUAGGGCACCUUUGUUACCGAUGCAACACUGCUUUCUCAUUCUGUCCAUCAUUGCUCACAUACUAAAACUGAAGCUCUGAGGGAGGGAGCUUCAUUUUUGCUUUCAUGAUUAAGACCGUUUUGCAUUGUUUUACUUACACUUAUGUCCUCUGGGCCCUUUUUAUAAACUUUGCAUUAGGGAUUAUACAGAUUUGAACUAUUUGCAUGACAAUCGGUUGUUUUUAUUUAAUUGAUUAACGUUUUGUUAAGCCCAUUAAGUGCUAUUGGUAUUCACAAGUAGUCGGGGGAGAAUUCACCAGAGGGAAAAUGCUUUGGAGAGAUGGGUGAUGGUAGAUUUAAUGAAGUGUUGAUAUCCGCUGCGUCUACACGCCCCGCACGCUGCUGUAAUGGUAAAAGGAGCUCUUGUUGGGUGCGGUCUGAGUGAAUGUAUUGAGGACUUUAAUUAUUGCCAUAUGGCCAAAACCAACUUGAAACCACCGAGGGCCAGGAUCACUGCUCUCACUUUUUCCACAUCCCUCGACAUACCUACAACAGAGAAAGUCCAGACACCGAAAGAGCGCGGAGACUUCAUAACAACUUUAUUUUCUGACUUUGGCGCAAUAUAAAUAAACGAACUGUAGAAGGCUUGCAGAUGGAAAUACAAGCGUGUCGGCACAAGUGCAUCAAUAGUAGCCAAUCGUCUUUUCACUAACCCUGUGAUGUCAUCACGCGCAGACGGUCCUUGGAAUAAAGUAAAGGGGAGAAGAGUAUCCCAAAGUUGCUCCGCAAGUGCAAAAUGUUAGA